GGGAAAGACCGUGGUGCGAGUCCAAGAUCGGCGGUUGCGCUUGCCCGCUGCUCCUGGCAUCAUGUCCCGUGUGGCGGUGCCCUGCCAUGUGAAAAGCACCGUGGCUCUGCAGGUGGGCGAUAUGCGGACUUCCCAAGGCCGGCCUGGCGUGUUGGUCAUCGAUGUCACCUUCCCCAGCGUCGCGCCUUUCGAGUUGCAGGAAAUCAUGUUUAAGAAUUACUACACAGCCUUUCUGAGCAUCCGAGUUCGCCAGCAUAUCUCACCGCACACGCCGCCUAAGUGGGUGACCUGCUUGAAAGACUAUUGCCUGAUGCCUGAUCCACACAGUGAGGAGGGAGCCCAGGAGUAUGUAUCGCUGUACAAGCACCAGAUGCUCUGUGACAUGACGAGAAUCCUGGAGCUGCGCCUGAUUCUACGACAGCCAUCACCACUCUGGCUGUCUUUUACCGUGGAGGAGCUUCAGAUUUACCAACGAGGAACAAAGACGCCUUCAGUGAACUUCCCCAAGUGGCUCUCCCACCCAGUACCUUUUGAGCAGCCCACUCCCCUCCUUGAGGGUCUCCCAGACCCCAGCAGGAUCUCCUCCGAGGUGCAGCAGAUGUGGGCACUGACAGAGAUGAUCCGGGCCAGUCACACUUCUGCAAGGAUCGGCCGCUUUGAUGUGGAUGGCUGCUAUGACCUGAAUUUACUCUCCUACACUUGAACGACAUUGCCAAGACUUUGGCCUUUUGAGCCCCUCCAGGCCUGGUUGAGACCACCAGGGGUUGAAGUACUUUCCUGUGUUUUUGGAAUAUUGCCUAAAUCCAGUUCUAUCUGGGCCAUGUUCACAGAAUCAGGAUUUUGGGGGAUUCGCCGUUGUUCCUCAU